AUAGAUUACAUAUGUAAAUUUGAUCUUUCUAGUUUACACAUUCUAAUAUAGUUUGUAUGUGUAUUUCAUUCAACCAAUCUUUAUAGAAUGUUUUAUUCAUUUAAAUUGAAUCAUGGUAAAUCAUGAUAACAUAAGAUGAAAAGACAUUAUUCAUUUAGUUGAAGUUAUGUUACUAAAUUAAACUUUGUACUGUUUUGGGUCAGUACAAAUCAACAUACUGUCUAUACACAUGCACGUACAUAUAUAUAUAAUUCUUUUUCUCCUUGAAUAUUCAAUUGUUUCAAUAUAAUAAUGGAAUGUAAAAAAGCCGUUGUUAAAAAUGCUGAUAUGUCAGAUGAUAUGCAACAAUGCGCAGUGGAUACAGCUGCUCAAGCAAUGACUGAAUAUAGUAUUGAAAAAGAUAUUGCAGCUUAUAUUAAAAAACAUUUUGAUAAAAAUUAUGGUCCAACAUGGCAUUGUGUUGUAGGUAAAAAUUUUGGAAGGGUUCUUUUUAAUCAAUGUUGUUUGAUUACACUAUAUGAGAUAUUGCAUAAUGUUUUAUGAGAUAAUCAUUCAUUGUAGUAGGUAAUUUAAGUUGUACUACAUUGUAGGAGGUGAAACUAAGUAAAUGUCGAUCAUGAGAAUCGAUAUAAUCUUUCAUUUUGCCAUGAUCGGGUAUAUGGCUUCUAAAUAUGCUACUAUUGAAUACUUCAGUAUUAACUGAACUAAUUAUCCAAAAAUUUUAAAUAGUUGACAUCAUGAGUCAAUUGAAGCUGUCUCGUUCUGGUAUGAGACUCCUCAGCAGUGCGCGCUGACGAUCACGCCUCACGAGACUCGAAUCCAGGAUCUAUCGGUCUCACAAGAGAACGCUUAAUCCCUAGACCACUGAGCCGGCCGGUAACCAACGGUGUUAAUGUCUAAUUUCAACCAAUCCACAAAAUUGAGCAACAUUGUCUUCAGUGAGUUACUAUCAUACAACAGACCCAGUUGAACUCCACUGGUCACUGCUUCUCACUAGAACUCCAGGAACUACUUAUAUUGUUAGAAUCAGAAUGAGUUUAUUUUUGACAAAUCCAUCAAAAAAUUAAACGGAAAACAGAACAACUAAGCCUAAAUUUCUAACCUCAUUUCAUAAUAAAUAUAUUUUUCGUUAUAUUGUAAUUAGUAGAAAAGUUUUAUUUUUUCUCUGAAGUAGUGACUUACAUUAAGUUACGAAACGUUCGAAUUACAAAUUUUCUAUUCAUUAGAAUAUAACGAAAAAUAUUAUUUUUGCUAUUAACUUUCUACCGAAUACUCGGAUCUUAAGUCUAACUUUGGCAUUGAUAUCUAUAAACUUACGUCAUUUAGUUUCAACUAAUAUAUAUCUUAAUUUUAAAUAAUAGCUGCCUUACUUACGACUGUGAUCCUUCGUGGAGGUGUAUAGGUCGCACAACAGUAUUCUUCAUCAAACCCUGUUCUGGGCAUUUCUUUUCAGUUCUUUCCUAAAUAACUGCCUAUUCUAAAUAAUUUUAUUAAUAAUUUUAAUUGUGGAUAUACUUACGUUUUUCAACAAUACUUACUUACGCCUGUUACCCCCAAUCGAAUAUAGGCCGCCGACAAACAUUCUCCAACCCACUCUGUCCUCGGCCUUCCUUUCUAGUUUUAUCCAACUUUUUUGUUCAUUCUUCUCAUAUCUGUCUCCAUUUCUCGGUGUGAUGUGUUCUUU